CAAGCUAGUCACUCGUCUGUCUCCAUUUAUAGAGCCUUCCAAGCUACUCACUUGUCACUAGUCAGUGUCUUCUUCCCAUUGGAAGCACUCACACUGACACACAUUGAGCUUGAGCUCCAAGGCCAUGGAGCAGUGGAGAAGAUGCGGGCACUUGCUCGCCGUAGUAGCGGUGGCCCUGGUGGCCGCAAUGCUGCCGUCGUCCGGCGAGGCAAAGCUAUCACCGGACUACUACCGGUCGACGUGCCCGGACGUCGAGGCGAUCGUGCGGGCGGUGGUGGCCAGGAAGGUCAAGGAGACCUUCGUCACGAUCCCGGCCACGCUCAGGCUCUUCUUCCACGACUGCUUCGUCGAGGGCUGUGACGCAUCGGUCAUCAUCGCGUCCCGCGACAACGACGCCGAGAAGGACGCGCCGGACAACUUGUCCCUUGCCGGCGACGGUUUCGACACCGUGGUGCGUGCCAAGGCCGAGGUCGAGAAGAAGUGCUCCGGCGUGGUCUCCUGCGCCGACAUCCUCGCCAUCGCCGCCAGGGACGUAGUCAGCAUGUCGUCCGGCCCCCACUGGGCCGUCGAGCUCGGCCGGCUGGACGGGCUCGUCUCCAAGGCCGGCAACGUCGCGGGUAGGCUUCCCGGGCCGGACAUGCGCGUCAAGGACCUCGCCGCCAUGUUCGCCAAGCACAAACUCACCACGCUGGACAUGGUCGCGCUCUCGGGCGCGCACACCGUCGGGUUCGCGCACUGCACCCGCUUCACAGACCGCCUGUACCGGCACGGCGGCGGCGCGGCAAAAGUGGACCCGUCGUACGACCCGGCGUACGCGCGGCAGCUCAUGGAGGCGUGCCCGCCGGACGUCGGCCCGACCAUCGCCGUCAACAUGGACCCGAUCACCCCGAUCGCCUUCGACAACGCCUACUACUCCAACCUCGCCGGCGGCCUGGGCCUGUUCACCUCCGACCAAGCGCUGUACAGCAACGGCGCGUCGCGGCCGGCGGUGAAGGACUUCGCCAAGAACCAGACACGCUUCUUCGAGGCGUUCAAGGACGCCAUGGUCAAGCUGGGAAGACUCGGGGUGAAGACCGGCAGGCAUGGGGAGAUCAGGAGAGACUGCACUGCCUUCAACAAGUAGAUCGAGGAGGCUGCACACUACAAUACCUGUAACUGAGAUCAAUGUUGACAUUACUUUUCAAAGAUUGACGGCUGAAUUUUUCAAAAAUGCACAUGCAAAUAGUUCUAAAUAUACACUAUUCUCAAAGUACUUUUGAUGGCAA